AUGGACGUCUAUUCAGUCGAUGUGCCAUCCAUUGAUGAAAACCCUGCCUGGGUGGUUGGAUUCCUCCGACCCUUCCUGCGUGAUCUUAUUCUCCCUUCUCUAUUUCCUUUCUUCUAUCUCUUUUGCACAGGCUCUUUGUUCUUCGAUGUGGUCCAUUAUAUGCUGCAUCGAACCAAUACAUCGUCUCAUCCUCUUCUCCGGCGUCUCGCACAUAUUCACCGAUUUCACCAUCUCUACUUCACUAGGCAUAUGAACUUCGACAACAAGUAUCUAUGGCAAAAUUCGGUUCAAGCGCUGCCGCUUGAGUUAGGACUUCAAAUCUUUGGGGCCGCACUAGGAUAUGUUUUUGCUACUUGGGCGACUCCUAUCGGGCUUGUGUGGAUCACACAAAGUCAUCUCUGGUCAAUGAUUGCCAUUCAAAUAAUCAGAACAACUGUUGUUAUUCUCUCGAGUGGCCGGGACUCGAAUCACCUGGUGUACAAAACCGCCCCGAAAGAUCCCAACUGGAUAUUUGCUGGCCCAGAGUACCACGCCCUCCAUCAUGUUUACCCAGAUCGCUAUAUUGGUUCCUUUAUCAAACUAUUCGACUGGGUAUGGGGUACAGCUUACUCCGUUCGAGGGAAACGCAUCGUGGUGACGGGCGGAAAUGGAGCUUUUGGCCGAGCUAUUGUAGCAGAGCUUGAAAAAGAAGGAGUACAGAGCAUUCACAGUUUGAAGUUCGGCGUUGAUUGGGAUCAUCAAAACUUCGAAAAGGCUAUCGCAGCACUUUCAGCGUGUGACGUCCUCAUCCUAGCCCACGGUACCAAAGGCCCAGAUGCAGUGGAAUCGAAUUGCAAUUCGGCAGUCCGGCUGGUGCAACUAUUCAAACAAAGCAGACCUAUCAACGAAACCAGUCCAACGCUCCCGGAAGUAUGGUAUGUUGGUAGUGAAAUCGAAUUUCAUCCAGCCUUUGGAAAUAAAGAGAUGCAACGUUACUCCCAGUCAAAACGGCGCUUUCUUCCACAUGCUCGUUCUUUCUUUGACGACGCUGAUAUAAUUUACCGCCAUAUUGUCCCAUCAGCUUUUCAGUCACCCAUGGGGCCAGCUAUACUCUCAGCAGGCUGGGCAGCUAGAUGUACAAUGUUCUGGAUCCGGAGAGGUGCCCGGUAUGUCCCUGUUACAUAUACGGGGUUUGCAUAUUUGAACUACUUCAAGUUUAAGUAUUUGGUUCCCUACGCGCAGAAAGAUAAAGUGUGA